AUGCAUAUCCAAUCACUACCGAUGUGGGUUGGCAGCUCGAACAACUACGCCUACCUCGUCACCGACGAAGCGACCAAAGACUCCGUGAUCAUCGACCCAGCCAACCCUCCCGAAGUCGCCCCAACCGUCACAGAGCACCUCUCCUCCAACUCGAUCAACCUAACCGCCAUCAUAAACACCCACCACCACUGGGACCACGCCGGCGGCAACGCCGGGAUGCUCAAGCAACUUCCCUCCUCCUCAACCCCCGUCAUCGGCGGCAAAGACUGCGACUGCGUGACCCAAACGCCAUCCCACAACUCGCGCUUCCCCCUCGGCCAAAACAUCUCCGUCACCGCGCUCCACACACCCUGCCACACCCAGGACAGCAUCUGCUACUACAUGGAAGACAGCUCCAAAUCGCCGCCCGAACGCGCCGUCUUUACCGGGGACACGCUCUUCAUCGGCGGCUGCGGCAAAUUCUUCGAAGGCACCCCCGGCGAGAUGCACACCGCGCUCAACGAGACCCUCGCCGCGCUCCCCGACGACACGCGCGUCUUCCCCGGACACGAGUACACCCGGUCGAACGUCAAGUUCCUCUUGCAGGUGGAUCCGGACAACGAGGCGGUGAAGAAGCUGCGCGAUUUUGCCGACGCCAAUCAGGAGACCCAGGGCUGCUUCACCAUCGCCGAUGAGAAGCGCCAUAAUGUUUUCAUGCGCGUCCGCGAGGAGGCGAUGAGGAAGGUGACCGGGUGUGAGGAGCCGAGUGAGGUGUUGGCCAGGUUGAGGGAGAUGAAGAAUCGGAUGUGA